UUGGACAAUAUCGGCAUAUUGUUUUUCGGUAAAAAAGCCAAUAUCGAAAUCCCUAAUAAUUCAUUCAUUUUCUACCGCUUAUCCUCACGAGGGUCGCGGGUUGUGCUGUUGGAGCCUAUCCUAGCUGUCUUCGGGCAAGAGGUGGGGUACACCCUGGACUGGUCAUCCCUAAUAAUUAUAUAAUUAAAUUAUAUCGGUCAUUAUGUUUGUUAUAUACUAGUAUUUUUAAUGACCUUUUAUAGUUAUAGUCAUAGUUAUUCUAAGGAUUCUAAGUAUGCUGUGGCCUCCAAGGGGUGCCAAAAAAGUAGGUGGAGAAAAAUUCACCUUCAAUGUAAUGAAGUCGUUAUUGCUAUGAACAAAAUUACUAUUACUAUGGGGAAAAAACUUGAAUUAUAUUAGGAAAGCAGGAAGUGAACAAAUGUAACAGUUACUGAUUGUAAAAGUGCCAGAUGGAGGGGUAGGAUUUAAUAAGCUUUGCUUCUUCCUACUCCUUUUGGACAUGUGGAACUGUGAACUGAUUAUGUGAUGCACUCAAUUGUAAUCUGAUGCAUGUUCAAAUGAAAUUAAACCAUUACCAUUACCAACUCUUAAAAGGGUAAAGUUCACAUUGAUUUAGUUCUUCCUGUUUUUGUCCAUAGUUGUGCAUAUUGUUAUAUACGUACAAGGGGGGGCCACUUUGGGAAGGACCGGCUCUGCAUAUGCGGGUUAAAUGGUGUGAAGGGUUUUUGUUGGCUCCCCUGUUGCACCAUAACAAGGCUUUUGGACUCUUCUAAAGGCCUGCUGUCAAUCCUCUUACAUCUCGCCUCGCUGAAAAUGGAUUAGCGAGUAACACCUACGUUUUGGCUCCGCGGUCACUUUGGAGGCUUUCACUGAAUGAGCUUGUGGUUGAUAUGCUGCCUCCAAUGUUCAUCAUAGGAUGCAUUUCAGUGCUGCUUUUCAAUUUCAAUUGAAUUUGAAUGCAAUGGUUUUAUUAAGAUGAUGUUAGAAGAGCAGAGGUGUUUACUUGCCGCUGGUGUACAGAGCUGUUAAAGGAGCAAAGCAGGUCGCUGGCUGCAGGGCGUAAGUAGCUCUCCAGGGUGCUGAAGUUGUCUCCAAACGAGCCCCCGUCUCUCACCUGUCAUUUUCAGCCUGACAUCCAAACACUAUGACUAAGCUGUGUUCGCACCACAGUGGCUCCCGGGACCCAUACUGUGCCUCGAUCGGGUUUUGAGGAUGGUUAGGUGACACAUUGGAUGAUGGGGCUGCCCGGAUGACACGCCACCGUCCGAACUGAAAUGAUCCUGCACCUAAGAACCUAAGCUGUCGCUACCUCACAUUGCCAACAAGAACAAUGCAGCAUUUCCCUCCCAAUCUGAGAGGCCCUCCAUGGGAGUCCAUCAAUCCAUGUGUGCCCGUCUUUAAAAGCAGGCAAACUUUACUGACGCCACCGUUUAACUUUAUAAUAUGGAUCCUCCUCGGAGUGUUGACAUUCCCUUGCUGUAUCCGCUGUUUAAUAUUCAAAGUUGGGGUCCUGGGGCCGUGGAACUGCGACUCUGUGUACUACAGGACGUUGCCUGCUGCUGCCGCCAGGCUCGCGAUAAGCAGGAUCAAUGGAGACCUGACGUUGAAUCUAGGCCUGGAAAUGGACUUCAUCAUCCUGCAGGAGCCUUGUGAAACAUCCAAAGCUCUCACGUCAUUCAUUUAUUACGAGAAUAUGGCGGAUGCGUUUGUGGGACCCACAAAUCCCGGAUACUGUACCGCCGCAGCGCUUCUUGCCAAGAACUGGGACAGAGCCAUCUUCUCCCAUGGAUGUGUCAACUUUGAGCUGGACCGCAUCACCGGAUACCCGACUUUUUCUAGGACUGUGCCAUUUCCCUCCGAGGUGCUGUUCACCGUGCUGAAGCACUUCCGGUGGGCUAACAUUGUGGUGGUCUCCUCCAAUGAAGACAUCUGGAUGGACACAGCAGCAAGAGUGGCCGCCGCUAUGAGGAAAAACGGGCUUCCUGUCGCUCUGGUUACGUCUGUGGGAAUAAAUGAGACUCAAGUUGAGAGCACACUGAGGCAGAUCCAAGAUGCUGGAGAGAUAAGAGCCAUCGUCAUGUGCAUGCACUCUGUCCUUCUUGGAGGAGAGCCACAGGCUGCUUUCCUCCUCAAGGCGCAGCAAAUGGGCAUGACCUCCGGGAAGUACGUUUUUAUGCCCUACGACACGCUGCACUACAGUUUGCCCUACAGCGCCCCCUACUUCCCCCUGCAAAACAACAGCCGGCUGAAGGAGGCCUAUGAUGCCGUUCUCACCAUCACCAUCGCCUCAGACCCUGUGUCCUUCACUGAGGCCUUGACUGCUGCAAAGAAAAGCGGGGCAUUGACGCUAAGUGUUGCCUCUGAUAAGGUUAAUCCGCUAUUCGGGACCAUCUACAACAGCAUUUAUCUCCUGGCCAAGUCCAUCCACAAGACCAAAAGAGCCGGCAUGCGUCUGUCGGGCUCAAACCUGGCCUUCUAUACAAAGAACAUAACAUUCAGUGGCUUCAACCAGAAGGUACAGGUGGACAAUGCGGGUGAAAUCAAAACCAGUUACGUCAUCUUGGACACCGAUAAUGUCGGGAGUCAGCUCUACCCGACAUAUGUGGUGGAUCUUAUGUCCGGGCGGCUUCGCUUUGCCGGGAAGUCCAUCCAUUUUCCGGGAGAGUCUCCUCCACCAUCGGAUUCCAGUUGCUGGUUUGUUCAAAGUGCUCUCUGCACAGGAGGUGUGGAGCUCACCUACAUUAUAGCUGUGUUUUCCGUCAUCUUCGCUCUGGCUUUAACAGGGCUUGCCAUUGGUCUUUACAUUAGGAGGAGACUCCAACAAAUCCAGCUGGUGAAAGGUCCGAAUCGGAUCCUGCUGACUUUAGAGGAUCUUACAUUCAUCAACCCUCAGCUUAGCAAAAAGAAAAUCACCUUAGAAGACCUGAGCGAGUCUAGAAGUGCUGUGGAGGACAAAUCCGCCGACCCCUCACACUCGGCGCACAGCAUGCAGACAGCGACUCACGAGACCACCAACGUUGCCGUUUUUGAGGGUGACUGGGUAUGGCUAAAAAAGUUUGACGAUGGCCACUUCAAGGAGGUGAAGCAGAGCAGUACAAAGAUUUUCACCAAGAUGAAGGACUUGAGAAACGAGAACGUCAAUCCCUUCCUGGGCUUUUUCACCGAGAGCUCCAUGUUUGCUGUGGUGACGGAGCACUGCUCCAGGGGGAGUCUCCAGGACCUGCUGAGGAACGAAGAUGUGAAAUUAGACUGGAUGUUCAAGUCCUCACUUGUGCUUGACCUCAUCAAGGGGAUGAAAUACCUCCAUCACAGGGAUUUCCCACAUGGCCGACUAAAAUCUCGUAACUGUGUGGUGGAUGGGCGCUUCGUGCUCAAAAUCACAGACUACGGUUUCAAUGAGUUGCUGGAGUCUCAGAAAGCUCCUGUAGAACAACCUCCACCUGAAGACCUCUUCUGGACCGCUCCAGAGUUUCUUCGGGACCUCGCAAGCUCCCGUAAAGGCACCUACAAAGGAGACGUGUACAGCUUUUCCAUUAUCCUGCAAGAGGUGGUGGUUAGAGGCCCACCUUACUGCAUGCUGGGCCUGCCGCCUGAGGAGAUCAUUCGAAAGGUGAUGAAGCCCCCCCCAAUGUGCCGGCCCACUGUGGCCCCGGACCAAGCCCCACUGGAGUGCAUCCAGCUGAUGAAACAGUGCUGGAGCGAACUGCCGGACCGAAGACCCAACUUUGAUGAGAUCUUUGAUAGGUUCAAGAUCAUCAACAAGGGUAAGAAGACCAACAUCAUCGACUCCAUGCUGAGGAUGCUGGAGCAGUACAGCUCCAACCUGGAGGACCUCAUCCGAGAGCGAACAGAGGAGCUGGAGGUGGAGAAACAGAGGACAGAAAAGCUGCUUUCCGAGAUGCUUCCACCCUCUGUGGCGGAAGCUCUAAAGACAGGUGCCACGGUAGAGCCAGAGUUCUUCGACCAGGUGACCAUCUACUUCAGCGACAUUGUGGGUUUCACCACCAUCUCUUCGCUCAGCGACCCCAUCGAGGUGGUCGACCUUCUCAAUGACCUCUACACGUUGUUUGACGCGGUGCUCUGCAACCAUGAUGUCUACAAGGUGGAGACCAUCGGUGACGCUUACAUGGUGGCGUCCGGCUUGCCUAAGAGAAACGGCAACAAGCACGCGGCCGAAAUCGCCAACAUGUCUCUUAACAUCCUCAGCUCAGUGGGAACCUUCCGUAUGCGCCACAUGCCAGACGUUCCUGUCAAGAUACGGAUCGGGAUCCACUCAGGGUCUUGCGUUGCCGGCGUGGUGGGCCUGACCAUGCCGCGCUACUGCCUGUUUGGAGACACCGUCAACACUGCCUCGAGAAUGGAAUCCACCGGGCUGCCUUAUAGAAUCCAUGUGAAUUUGAGCACGGUGAAGAUCCUCCGUUCUCUCCAUGAAGGUUAUAAAAUAGAAGUCAGAGGCAAGACCGAGCUGAAGGGGAAGGGCAUCGAAGAGACUUACUGGCUCGUGGGGAAGACUGACUUUGCAAAGCCUUUACCAAAACCACCAGAGAUCAAACCAGGGAAAGACAGUCACGGCCUGAGCCCUGAAGACAUAGCCGCUUACAAGAAAAAGGCUUGAGGGUCAACUGGCAGGAGAUGGUGACGGAUGAGAUCAAGAGCCUCUUCCGCAAGGCCAACAGGCAAGUGGACAAGCAAAAAGGAGGAAAGAUGUGAGAGAAAGAAAGAAAGAGAGCAGCUUCUAUCUCGCCUCCGUGGCUUAACGCGGACUCCUUUUAAGAGGAUUGACCAUCCGCUGGCUAAUCUGCCUGCAGCCAACACAGCAGAACAUAGCGGUGCUAAUGUAAUGAGGCGACAAUGACCGAUCUUCGCUCAUGCACCCAUCGCAAUCAUUCGCUGCUCGCUGAGCUCACCGGUCACUGAGUGGUCGCCCAAAUGAGAACAAGGCUCACCCGCGUCAAGAGGCAAUGCACUGGUUUGUGUUAGCUUUGAAUGCUCAUAAUAGGGGACUAUUACUUAUAGAGCUGGCUGCAUAUUGAAUGCACAUCAAUAACCCCGAAAGAUGGACAUACUUUUUCUACAUAGUGAUGGACACUUUUAUUUCCCUGCGGGGCUUUGAACAUUAACAACACAGGAAAUUCAAGCUUAGGAGGCUUUGGAAUUGUAAAAAAAAAUUAUACAUAAAUAAUAAAAUAUAUUUAAAAUCAAUCAUCAUAAUACAUAAAAAAAUCUAAUAAAAAAUAUAUAAUAAGUACAAUUAUAAUAAAUAGAAACAUGUGAAAAAAUGCUAUGUAAUUUAUUCUUCAUUUAUGUGAAACUUUAAUAAAUGUAUUUUGUAAUCCUGUCUACAUGUACUGUAAUACCAAAAAACACUGUAUGAAUCAAAAGUUGUUUUGGGGGUUUGUUUGUUUGUUUCUGUUUUUUGGGGGGGCAGGGGGGCAUGAAAACUUUUUUUCAGCUUAGAGCAACGAAAUCCAUCCAUUUUCUAUGCCGCUUAUCCUCAUUAGGGUUGUGGUGGUAUGUUGGAGCCUAUCCCACUGUGGGCAACAUAAUGACAAAAAAAAAUCAAACAAUUGUUGGUGAGCGUGUGUUUCCACUGCCUCAGAAAAAGGACAGGGAGAUCGGCAGGUCAGCUAAACGCAGCCUAUGAAAAAUAUUUGACUAUUAUAUUUUGUAUCAAAUAUAAUACCCUGGAAUUCUUCUUCUGCUGUAUCACAUAGCAGAGAAAGGACAGGGAGAGGCGGCAGGGACAGGAAGUCAGACAUACAUAGCUCAUACCAGUGGUUCUCAAAGUGGGGUAUGAGUAUCCCCAAGGGUACGCCAAUUGACAUAUGGGGUACGUGGAUAAAAAUAAAAAACAAUUAGCGCCUAACACUCCAAAUUCCAAGUGUGCCUGAAUGCCUCACAGUGCGAGGGCACAGCAGCAGGAAAGAGACACAGCGGCAAAUUGUUCCUUGCUCUGUGUGCAUCAUAUCAACAAAUAAGUCUGAAUGAUUACAUUGUGCAUUAAGAGUGUUUCAUCAUUUAUAUUAAUUCAUACCCAAACGGCAUCACCAUUGAAAAACUUUUAAAAAAUCCACAAAAAUGAAGCUUUAUUGAUGGUUGUAUGUAUUUUUGUAUUUUAGAAUUGGGACAUUUCACACUCAACAAGCAGGAUCAAAACUAGCAAACUGCUUUUUUUCUAAAAUGGUGCAUUAUGUAACUCCAGGGACACAAGUUGGCGCUGCAUUCAGGGACAGUUAAAUGUUAAACAAACCUUUAAACAGAUAGCGGUUGCUCUUUAAUUUACUGUGGAAUUAAUAUGCUUUGAACCUUUGCUAUCGUGAGUCAGAUUUCUGCCACAAGGGGGUGCUCAUGUUGCAAAUUAGAAUCUACACUUUCACUCCCAAAAGAGGAAGUACAGACUCCCCAGUGGCAGUUCCCUGCUAGGCUCCGUUGUGUGGUUUAACCCCCCCAAAAAAACUUUAUUUAGUCUAGCUGAGCUUCAGCAAGUCAAGCCUGACAUUCUUUGGAUUGUUGACUGCGGCAGAUAAGCCCUGCUGGUCUCAUCCCAAACAUGGGAACACCUUUUCAUCUCCAGCCGACUGGAAAGAUUGUCAUCCCUAUUUCUGUUUUUUUAAACUUUUUAUUGAAAAAAUGCAUUUUUGUUCGUAAUCGCACAAUUCCAACAGCAUUUUAGUGGACAAAUGGGUCAACAUCAAUGAAUUUUUUUUUUCUGCAAGUUUAAGCUAGUAGAAUUCAGUGCAGGCAGAAAGACAAAUACAAGGCACGUGAAGGAGUGGAUUUAGAAGUCAAAACAAGCUUGUGCAGAGAUUUGUUUGUCUUUAAACAUUAAAGAUAAUGCAAGAAGCAAGCACCAAGUGGACGUAGCCUGACCGAUACCGGCAUUAAGAAAUUGGAAUGUCAUACUUAAUAUAAGCAUGUUGUCUGCUUGCUGCUCAUAUUUGAGUAUUCAAUCCAAGUAUUCGGUCCACAGUCUGCCUUUAGGGAAUGUGUUCCUGAGGUAACGCCGAACAAAAACACACACGCAGUUUUUUUGACAUAGUGUGACAAAUAAAACUCAACAUUAUAGCUCGUCGCGCAUCUUGUCCCCCUUGGGUCGAACCACUCUGCCGAGGUACAGGAUGGAGUUGGUCAUGUUGUCCUUCACCAGGAAAAUGAAAGGGUGAUCCACGUAGAAAAGCUUGGGGUCCUUCAGCUGAUCUGUGCCGAAGACACUGGUGUCAAACGGGUUGCCUUCGGUGUUGAGCUCCAGGGCGGAGGCGUGGAAGACGUUGGAGAGGUACAGGUCCUUUUUGCCGGAAAUGUUGGACAGGUCGGCCUUGGCUUUGUCCACCGCCUCGGUCAGGCCGAGCUCUGCCAGAUGUUUCUGCAAUGGAGGGGAGAAAUAUGGAUGAUAAAU